ACCCUACUCAUUCAACUCGUUUAAAUCCUCACUCAUUCCACCGAUUCAUUUUCUUUUAUCUUCACCAGCCUCCCCCUCCUCCAGCAUCUGUUUCAGCUAUUGUAACCGAGUUACAUGGCGAUAUCGGAUGCCGUGAUUGGGAAUUUGAUGAUGAUCUACGUGGCGGUGAUAGUGGGGAUAAAGGCCUAUGGUUUAGUAUGCGGGCGGAGCUUCGGCGGCGGAUUUGUGCUGAUUGCGUCGAGCGCGGUGGUUGGUUUGAUCUUAGUCGGAACAAUCACGUGGGACGUCACUCGUAAAGUCACCUACGCCAUUUCCCGUGAUCAAUCCCCUUCCGUCCACGGUCACGAGAUGUGCAAGGGUGGGAUUUGCUGGCACGGUGUGGCGGUUCGCUCGCCGGCUUCUCAGGUCCGGUUCAGGCUCCCUCAACAAAUUCCAUACGGUUCUCUGUAAAUAA